UCUUACGGACGCUUCACUCUAAAACGUUCCUACAGAGCUCACGAGCCACACUCCCACCGAUCUCAUUUUCUCUGAAGUUUUUCCAUUUUUCCUUCCAUUCGUGAGCUUCGAGAUGGGAAAAGGGGCGAGAAAACCUUCCAUUGGAGCUGCCGACUCUCUCAACGCGACUGGGAAUUUUAGUACUCGGUUUUCUCUGCCUUCAUUCCUUAAGCAAGUAAAACGACUCACGGAUCAUCAAAAGGAAGCCCUACAGAAAACUGGUUUCGGAAAUCUGCUAUUGAUUCCUAACCAUAGGCUUAACAAAAGUUUGUUAGACGAAUUAAUGAGGAGAUGGGACGACAAUAAACAAGCUUUCGUGCUCCCUCGAGGUCAAAUUUCUCUUACUCUGUUUGAUAUCGCGUUAAUACUUGGUUUGCGUGUUGUUGGUGCUCCAGUGUCCCUUGAUAAUUGUAAAGUUUUCGGGGAUUUGGAAAGGAAUUAUGGUGCUGUUAUAUGGAAGAGGAAGAUAACAGUUACGUCCCUAGAAAGUAAACUUGAUUCAUUAGGUGAUCUCUACAACGAUGAUUUUAUAAGAACCUUUUUACUGUAUACGUUUGGGACUUUUCUUUUCCCUAAUUCAAAUGGAACGGUAGAUUCCCGUUUUGUUUCUUAUAUGGAGGACGUGGACAGCAUUAGCCGGUUUUCAUGGGGUGAAGCUGUUCUUGAAGAUGUGAGUAGCUGGUUACGUCAAAGGAAAACGAUGAAUGUUCAAUAUGUGGGUGGUUGUCUUUUAUUUCUCCAAAUAUGGUCUUUUGAGCAUAUUGACAUAGCUCGGCCUGCCUUAUUGGGCAGCUCUGUUUCAUUUCCUCGUGUGUGUCAAUGGGAUAAAAGUAAACUGCACAGCAAACAACAGAUUGUGUCAAAGUUUAAGGAUCUACAGGAUUAUCAGGUGACUCAGGAGCUUCAACCAACUUCGUUGGAGUCAGAAAUUGUCAUAAUUAAAGAGUUAUUGGAGGCACAAAAUAAUGGAAAAGAACAUUCUGAAGCAGAAAACUCUUGUAUUAAUUUCUCAAUUGUUAUUCAGGACAAUAACGUGGGUGCCACGCCUCAAUUGAAGAAUCCACUGAUUAUUGAAGUGGAAUCUUUGUCUGAAAGAAGUUCCAUGAAUGAAGGACUAAGUGAGAUAGAAGUCAGUUUGGACAAACCAGAACAUAACAUGUCUGAGGAUUUCACAGAAAUAAUAGAAUGGCCAUCUACAUCUGGUUGCCUGACAAAGAUGCAUAAGAAACCAAAGCUAGUAGCACCACAAAACUAUGUUAACGCAAUUAUUGCUAUUGAUGACGAAGAAGAUUUGAGAACUGUAGUAAAGAUGUUGGAGGAGAAAAAUAUGGAAUUAGAGAAGGAGGUAUAUGAGCUUAGAAGGGAAAAUAGACUGUUGAGAAAUAAUCUGUUGUCUUGUUCACAGUUAGAAGAGAAGAAUGUACAAUUAAAGGGAGAAAUAGACGAGUUGAGAAGUAAAAACCAACAUUUGAGCUUGUCGUCAAACAAUCUUGUCGUUCGACUGGAGAAACUUCUCUUGGAUGAGGAUGUGUGUGUCAAUGAAGAUUCAAAUUCUAUCCAAGAUUAAGUACAACUAAGUGCUGGAGACUGUCAAUUCCUCUCUUUGUCUUAACUUUAAUUCAACACUUGAUGGCGAUUGCUAACCUACUAGUCAAAAGAUCUUCCUGACUUAAAUCUGAUAUGGGGUUAUCAGUAUUUAGGCGUUUAUUUCCCUCAUUAACCUUUGUUUUUUAAAUGAAAAGAAAACUAUAUAGAGUGCUUAAGGUUAUGAUUACGAUCUUGUGGUCUCUUGGCUUUGUAAAUGUUACAACCAAAUUAAUUUCGAGAAUAAAUAAACAGUCUCGAAAUGUAGGCUUGUAAGUAGGCUUGUAAGGUGUAAGCUCGUAUAAGUAUUAACGUUAUACUUGUACAAAUAUUCGCGAAGUUCCAGAGCUACGUCAUUUGCACUCGAGCAUGAGUUGCAGGCUCGAAGUCAACAAGAGUCUCCUCCAAAAGAUGAGUUUGAAAGACCAAUCAAGCAAGUAGGUAGUAACAACUGGAACAAUGAGCUCGAAAUUACAUG